AUGAUGAAUGCAUCUAAUACUCGAAAUAGAUAUCCUACAGUAGAUAUCGAUGAUUACAUCCGUCAACAUCAUGGAAGUCAUUUUUUAUACAUUUAUCGUAAUGUCAAGAAAUUUUACCAUCGUUUUGAUGCUGUUCAACUCGACAUCGAAUUUUUAAAAAUAUGUCGUUCCAAAGAUAUUAUCCCGUCCUUCUUAUGGUUUAAAACAGCUAACAAUGAUCUAUCAUCUUCACCAGUUUAUAAAGCUUGUCAACGUAAACUUCUCAACGUCGAAAUCGAUGCAAAACGUAAAAAAUUAAAUGAUUUAAAGAUAAUGUAUAAAUUCUCACUUAAUCAUCUUCGUGAAUUAUCAUCUGCUGAUUUCUUCGAACAUUUAUUUCAAAUUAUGAUGUCGGAAUGCUCAUAUUUAAUAAAUAAAAAACGAAGAACAUUAAAUAAAAAAUUAUUAUCAUUAUGUUCUAUUAAUAAUUCAACUCGUUAUUAUAAUGCAAAAGUCGUAACUAAUCUAUCAUCACGUGUACUAUCUGAUGAAGAACUUAUUUGUCUCGCCAAUGGAUUAGAUUACUGUUUACCACCAAAAUCUAUCAAUUCUAUGAAUGUUGCAAGUAAUGUAGAAACAUUUUUUCAGCGUAUUACUGAUGUUUAUCAGCAUCAAAAGAAAUUUAUGAAUGAACACAAGGAAUAUGAAGCCAUUAGUGAAAGCGAUAUACGUGUUUUAAACACGAAAGAGCUGACUUUGGCUAACGAUUUAAGUUCUUUAACUAAAUCGUUUCUACAAAGAGCUAACCAAUGUCAAAUACAAAAAAAUAAAUUUGAUUUUGAACAACAAAAUUAUCGUAAAUUACUACAGAAAUUAAAAGAAGAUACGUCAAUAAUUAUUACUCGUCCAGAUAACGGAAGAGGUGUUGUUUUAAUGGACAAACAAGAUUACGUGAACAAAAUUCAUGCUAUUCUUAAUGACCCAUCUAAAUUUUCUUCUCUAUCUGAAGAUCCUCCACUAGCGCGAGAGAAUAGCUUGAAAUCAUUAUUACGAAAAUUACACGACCAAGGACAAAUUACAGAUCAAUUUUAUUAUCUCGCACGACCUACUGGAUCCAAUCCUGGACGACUUUAUGGACUUCCAAAAGUUCAUAAAGAUGGUGUACCACUUCGACCAGUUCUUUCAUCAAUAGGAACAUUUAAUUAUGGACUUGGGAAGGCUCUUACUCAAAUGCUAUCAGAUCUGAUAGACAACAAGAACAUGAUUAAAGAUUCAUCUUCUUUUGUUAAAGAUCUGCAUGCAUUAGAUGAUCCUCUCUCAACGUUCAAAAUGGCAUCAUUUGACAUUGUCAAUUUAUAUACCAAUGUACCUGUUGAUGAAACAAUUAAUAUUAUUCUCAAAGAAUUAUAUGAAAAUCGACCUGUACGACCUCUUAUUGAACGGAACGACUUAAAGAAGCUCCUGACCUUUGAUACAACAAAAUCUCAUUUUCUCUUUGACGGAAAAAUUUUCGAUCAAAUAGAUGGAGUAUCAAUGGGUUCUCCAUUAGCUCCUCUACUUGCCGAAAUUUUUCUCCAAGAAUUUGAGAAAAAAUAUUUAUCAUUAUUCGAAAAUUUGGGCAUCGUUUACUGGAAACGAUAUGUUGAUGAUACCUUUGUAUUAUUGGACCCAAAAUUUUCCGCAAAAAUAGUUUGUGCUGAACUCUCAAAAUUACAUCCUUCUGUUAGGUUCACUUCUCAGGAGGAAGAUGCAGUUACACACAAAUUACCAUUUCUGAACGUACUGAUUCAACGACAAGAAGGUAUCGGUUUUCAAACUCGUAUCUACAGAAAACCGACCUUCACUGGUCUUAUAACAAAAUGGAAUAGCUUCGUUCCAAAAAUUUAUAAAUAUAAUACUAUCUCUGUUAUGGUACAUCGUGCUAUUCAAAUAUGUUCAUCAUAUAAAGCACUCCAUGCAGAGUUUCAAUUUAUUCGAAAAAUAUCAAAGAGGAAUGGUUAUCCUUCUAAUUUUGUCGAUUCAAUUAUUAAACGACAAUUAAAUUUAAAAUAUGAACCUCCUGCUCCUGUACCACCAACUCUUAGUACUGAUACAGUAGUAUUUAAAAUACCGUAUUUAGGAAAAGAGUCUCAAGUCUAUGGGAAGCUUGUAACAUCUGCAGUGGCUAAACAAUAUCCUUUUAAAAAAAUACGGGUUAUCUAUGAUGUUCCAGACCGUAUUGGACGUAACUUCAAAAACAAGGAUGCUGUGCCGGAUGAAUUAAAAGCUGGUGUAGUUUAUGAGGCAACUUGUUCUCAAUGUAAUAACUCAUAUACAGGACAGGGUGUGGGUGUGGAUUUAGCGCAGAUAAUAUAA